GGCAACAAUUUAAUUACUUUUUUUUGCGGACGUUUACUGACACACCCGCCAUCUUCAAGGGGUGUUGAGCGUUCGUAAAUUCAUCAGCUAUUUUGCGCUCUGGCACACUCAGACGAGUGUUCUGAAAUCGCAGUAGAUGGCCAGAGUGAAAUUACGAACGCACCCGAAUUUACCUAGCUAGUUAGCUUGUAUUCAAAUGAGAGGAUCCUAUGUUAGCUAAACGCUCACCAUGCUUAAUAACUAGCUAGAGAACUCCGCUAGCAAACAAUGCUUACAUAUUGUGAACUGGUUUAUUGUGCGGGCUAGCUAGCUAACGACAUUGGAAUUUGCCUGUUGACCACCAGCUAACGCUAUGUUGAGCAAGAAAGACAACGCACUUGGCUAACAAACUUAUAGCUAGCUACCACAGUGACAAUGGAAGAGGUGCAGAACAGCAAUGGCGCUGAGACACAGACUGUCACCAUCCCCACCACCAUCACAGCCUCCCAGAUCUCCCAGAUAGCCCAACAGAUGUCUCUGGGGGGCUCUCCUGUGACUGUGGUCCAGCUACCUGGGGGUCAGUUCCAGGUGCAGGGGGUGAUCCAGUCGGCCCAGUCGUCUGUCAUCCAGUCCCCACAGUUGCAGACUGUUCAGGGCCAGGGCUCAGACAGUGACGAUUCCCAGGACUCCUCAGACAGUGGAGCCUCUGCCCAGAAAACCAGAGAGAUACUGGCCAGACGGCCUUCCUACAGGAAGAUCCUCAAUGAGCUGUCUGCUGAGGAGGUGGCGUCACGGAAUGAAGGAGAGGAUGAAAACCCUGCUUCCUCUGGCAUGACCACAGUGACAAUGCCCAACACCCAGACAAUCUACCAGACUAGUAGUGGCCAAUACAUUACCAUCGCCCCUAAUGGUGCCAUCCAGCUGGCCAGCCCUGGGUCAGAGGGUCUCCAGGGGUUACAGACUCUCACCAUGACCAACUCAGGCCAACAACAGGGCACCACCAUCCUACAGUACGCUCAGACGCCCGAUGGACAGCAGAUACUUGUGCCCAGCAACCAGGUGGUCGUACAGAGUGAGUAUGGCUUCAUGACUCACGAUGCAGGAGGAGAGAUGCAGACGUACCAGAUCCGCACGGCACCCACAGCGCAACAGACCGUGGUCAUGACUUCCCCUGUAGGAAUAUCUGAACAAAAGAGUGGCGACCCCACCAUGAAGAGAGAGAUACGCCUCGCCAAGAACAGGGAAGCUGCCCGUGAGUGUCGCAGGAAAAAGAAGCAAUACGUCAAAUGUCUGGAGAAUCGUGUGGCGGUGCUGGAGAACCAAAACAAGACUCUCAUUGAGGAACUCAAGACGUUAAAGGACCUGUACUGUGUCAAAACAGGAUAACCAGGAGGAAGAGAAGCCAGCGAACAGGACAUUUAACGGCAGUGAGCGGCUCAGCUCUGCCACAUGGACAACGCGGGGUUAACCGGGAACACAUUUCAUUUCAGACCUGAAAUCCUCCUCCUCAGUUUGUGUUUUAUACUCUGUUUUAACAUGUCGUGAGUGGUGGCCAUGGGAACUGUCCCAUUUUUAAAAGACAAUGAAAGGGUGUGAAAGAGGUUGAUUGUUUUUCAUUGUCUUUUUAUUGCGCUAACAAACGGAUUACUAACGCUUAAAUUUGUAUUUGUGUAUAUUUUGUAAGCACACGGAAGGCGUGAAUUGUGAGCUUUAUCAUUGACAUUCAAUUUCCAAUUGUGUCCCCCUUUUCCAGAAUCGGCUCCUUAUUUUCCUUGUGUAGCAGUAGGUUCAAUUUGCUGUUUAACAUCUAUCAAUUUGCGGCUGUAUUGAUUGUAUGAUGACGACUAUGAUGUGAUUUCAUGUACUUUUUUAUGUGAACCAGCUAUUUCCACCCCCACCCCCAUUCUUUCCCCCAUGAGGAAAUGUUACAAGUACCAUUCCUUAUCCUUGUCAAGAGGGAUGUAAGGGGUAUUAGAUAAGAUAACAUUGUGUAAGGCGGACUUUGCUGUUACUAAGACAAUCUAUCAGGGAGAACACACAAUGGCAGGGUAAUAUUUAUUUUCUAUUUCUGGAGAGGGGGAAUGAGCGAAUCAAACAAAAAGAGGGAAAGCAAUGUCACUCAUUCUGUAAGUAAAUUGAAAUAAAUAUUUUUCCAGUCUUUACAUA